GAUCAUUUUGUCAGCCCAUGCUUUAGUUGGUCUCAUAUCACUUGUAAAAAUGGAAAUGUUAUAUCCCUGAGCUUGGGUUCAAAUGGAUUUUCAGGAACUCUGUCACCAUCAAUUACUAAAUUGAAGUUUCUGGUUAGCUUAGGCGAAGUGACGAGAGACAACUGAUGGUGAUCAAGAGAUGACUGCAUCGGGGAAGUCAACUGAGGCAGAGGGACUACCAAGGGCAGUCGGCGGAGCAAACGAUACCAGCAAACGACCAAUCCAAGGAAUUACAGGAUAACAAUCUAUCAGGUGCGUUACCUGAUUAUCUUGGCAGUAUGGAGCACCUACAAUACCUGAAUCUUUCACACAAUAAUUUUAAUGGUUCCAUACCAACUUCUUGGGGCGAACUCUCCAGCCUAAAGAAUCUGGUGCUAAGCAGUAACCACUUAAGUGGGUCUGUUCCCGAGUCACUUGCAAAUAUUAUAGGCUUAACAGAACUGGAUCUUUCAUCCAAUAUGGUAACUGGAAGAAUCCCAACACAGUUGUUUUCCUUGCCAACAUUCAAUUAUACAGGAACUCUUCUUUCUUGUGGGUCUAGCUUGCAGCAACCUUGUGUUUCGAGUUCCCCAGUUCCAGCAGUUUCUUCCAGGAAAUCAAGACUUGAAAUCGUUAUUUCCGGUGUGAGCUGUGGUGCAUUCAUUCUCCUGUCACUUGGGGCUAUCUUUAUGUACCGAUACCAUAAAAUGCAUAGACGCAGGCAUGAUCUAUUUGUAGAUGUUGCUGGUGAAGAUGAAUGCAAAUUUUCCUUUGGCCAACUAAGAAGAUUUUCCUUGCGUGAAGUCCAACUUGCUACUGACAAUUUCAGUGAGAUCAACAUAAUUGGACAAGGAGGCUUUGGAAAAGUUUACAAAGGUGCUCUUUCAGACAACACAAGAGUUGCUGUGAAACGUCUCACAGAUUAUCACAGUCCUGGUGGUGAGGCUGCAUUCUUAAGGGAAGUUCAAUUGAUAAGCGUUGCAGUUCACAAAAAUCUUCUCCGUUUGAUUGGGUUCUGCACAACCUCGUCUGAGAGAAUUCUUGUUUAUCCAUUCAUGCAAAAUCUCAGUGUUGCAUAUCGUUUAAGAGAUUUAAAACCUGGAGAAAAGGGCCUGGAUUGGCCAACAAGAAAGCGUGUGGCUUUUGGAGCAGCCCAAGGCUUGGAAUACCUACAUGAGCAUUGCAAUCCUAAGAUUGUACAUCGUGAUUUGAAGGCUGCGAAUAUCCUUCUGGAUGAUGACUUUGAAGCUGUUCUUGGAGAUUUUGGGUUAGCAAAACUAGUUGAUACAAAGUUGACUCAUGUUACAACUCAGGUGCGUGGAACUAUGGGUCACAUUGCCCCAGAAUAUUUGUCUACUGGAAAAUCAUCAGAAAAGACAGAUGUGUUUGGAUAUGGUAUAACUCUUCUAGAACUUGUAACUGGUCAGCGUGCAAUAGAUUUCUCUCGGCUUGAGGAAGAAGAGGAUGUUCUACUGCUUGAUCAUAUCAAGAAAUUGCUGAGAGAAAAGAGGCUGGUGGACAUAGUGGAUGAAAACUUAAAAGACUACGAUCCCAAAGAAGUCGAGACUGUUGUUCACGUUGCUCUACUCUGCACGCAAAGUUCACCAGAAGAUCGUCCCAAGAUGGCAGAAGUUGUAAACAUGCUUAAAGGAGAAGGUUUGGAGGAGAGAUGGGCUGAGUGGGAGCAACUUGAAGAAGUAAGAAAUCAAGAAUUCUCACUUUUGUGUCACCCGUUUGAAUGGGCCGAAGAAUCUACAAAUGACCAAGAAGCUGUGCAGUUGUCACAAGCAAGAUAAGAACUUGUAGGGCACUUUAAAGAUGGACUGAAGUCUGGGUUCUAUGCCCUGCCUUCUGGGAUAAUCCAUGUAUCAGAUUAGAUUCAUAGUACUUUUUAAGUAUAUGAACAAAUUCAAGCAGUGUUGUACGUGGUAUGGUAGUGGUUUGGGCUUUGGAACUGUUUCUUUGUGAUCAUCUUAAUGGUGGUCUUGUAAAAUAAUUUUGAUCCUUAACUUUGUGUUCGUCUUUUUGAUCUUUUUAUUUUUUGUUAGUUCAUCUUCUUGUUCAUCUUCAUACUACAGAAACCCAGUGGAUGCAAUCUUUAAAAGUUCC